CGCACAACACUACAGUAUGUCCUCAAAUGAGCGUCUUCCUCUCCUUGGGUUGCAGUACUCCAGUCCAAAUAGAACAUGUGGAUCUUCACCGUUCUUACUUUUCUCCAGUUUUUUGCCUUUAAGUCAGGACUGGCUCUACAGAUUCAGUGCUACCAGUGCGAGGAGGUCACACACGACUGCACCACGCCUGAAUUUGUGGUCAACUGCACCAUCAAUGUGCAAGACACGUGUCAGAAUGAGGUACUCGUGAAGGAAGACGGAAUACACUACCGCAAGUCCUGUGCGUCCUCAGGAGCCUGUCUUAUCGCUUCUUCUGGUUACCAGCAGUUCUGCACAGGCAAGAUGAACUCUGUGUGCAUCACCUGCUGUAACACACCACUGUGCAACGGGCAACGCCACAAGAAGAGGACACAAGCUUCGACUUCUGUUAGGCUGACUGUGCCACGUUUAGGUGUUUUUGGAUUCUUGGUCCUGCUGUCUUCAUCCAACAUCAUCAGUGAAAUGUUUUAACAAGUUAAAUACUCGUCUGUGGCUAAUGUAUUAAUGUAAAUAUGUGUAGCUUUUGUCAGAGGUUGAGUUCAAACAUUAGAUUUUAUACAAAAUAACUGAAACAAAUAAUUCCCCAACUGUUUAUCACAGAAUUCCUGACUUGAAUCUAAAAGAGCACGCUAAACUGGAGAGUGAAAAACAUGAAAUGAACAAAAGACAAGACAGGCAAAAAAGCGUGAUCAUUAACACAACUCAGCAAAGAAGUGGAUAGUUUUUGACAUGCUGAGUAAACUUUAAGAACCUACCAUAUUUAACUGCAAACCAUGAACAAAAUGUAGAAAGUUUUAGGCGGCUCAAAUCAAUCCCCAGACUUAAACUCUAUAGAGUAUCCAUUUUAGCUGCUAAAAAAAUCGCUGAGACUGGGUGCUGAUGUAGGAGUAAAGCUGGUACACAAAGUGCCUUAAUCCUGUAUAUACGCUUACCUCCUACAGUUUUAAUUUAUUUAAAAUGCCGGUACUGAAUUAUUAAAUCACACGUAUUUUUUAAAUUAAGUAUUUAUUUGUGGCCUCUAAAAUCAGAAAUCUAUGAAUGUCUAGACCAGGCGGGCAGUACUAUGAAAUGUAUAUUUUUGAAUUUGGAUAAACAGUAAUCCCUCAUUUUCGCGGUUAAUGGGGAACAAAACCUGCCGCGAUAAGUGAAAAACCGCGAAGUAGCACCCCCGCACCCCCAAUUUUUUGUUUGUUGUUUGUGUGUUCAGUGUAUUUAUUUGGAUUUAGCAUUGGAAUGAGAUACAUACAGAAAUGGUUUUUCACUUUUUUCCCCCCAAAUUAUGGGUUUUAAACAUGUUACUGUCCCACCGAAUUAUUUUUAAACAAGUGGAAAAAUGCUUUUCUUUAUUAAAUGCUUCAUUGAGUGAGUUCACUCAAGCUGCUCACUUGACACUUAAACACAAUGAGUUGCCACAGAGACUGUUUAACAAUUUAAACGAUGAUUGACAUAUUUGAUUGACAAAGUUUCGGCUUCCAAGCAUCUCUGGCAAGAUCAAACCUUAACGUCUGUCAAUGAUCGUUAAUUUUAAUAAGCAACUCCAGUGCACUAUCUGACCAAGACAAGCAGCAGGAGUGAGAGUGAGAGACUAGUUGAUCGCAUCAGGACAGCUCUAAAAACCAAUGCAUUUAUUUAUUCUUUAAUUGAAAACAAAUCAGCGAUGGACUGAAGGCUCGACGUUUGCAGCGCGAUGCAGCGAGGGAUCACUGUGAAGCAUAAGAAAGUUUGAUUGUUUCCCAAAGUUUAUUGAGCCAAGGGAAUUAUUUUACCAAAAAAAAAAAAUGUCAUGGCACGCUACCAAUAGAAAACAUCAUAAAAUAAUAUCAAUUUAAAUAAUCUCAAACCAAUUUGCACUCAGUGAAAUCAGCAGGGCCAAAAACCAAAGGUGUUUUUUGCCGUGUGGCAAAUUUUUUUUGCCAUGUAGCGAAAAUGUUUUGCCAUGUGGCAUUUUUUUUGCCAAGCGGAAAAAAUGUUUUGCGCCAUGUGGCAAAUAUUUUUUGCCAUGUGGCAUUUUUUAUGCCAUGUGGCAAAAUGUUUUUGCCAUGUGGCAUUUCUUUUUGCCAUGUGGCAAAAAUUUGUUGCCAUGUUUUGCCACAUGGCAACAAAUUUUUGCCAUGUAGCGAAAAUGUUUUGCCAUGUGGCAUUUUUUUUGCCAUGCGGAAAAAAUGUUUUGCGCCAUGUGGCAAAAUUUUUUUGCCAUGUGGCAUUUUUUAUGCCAUGUGGCAAAAUAUUUUUGCCAUGUGGCAUUUUUGCCACGUGGAAAAAUGUUUUUGCCAUGUGGCAUUUUUUUUGCCAUGUGGCAAAUUUUUUUUUGCCAUGUGGCAUUUUUUUUGCCAUGUGGCAAUUUUUUUUUUGCCAUGUGGCAAAAUGGAUUUUGCCAUGUGGCAUUUUUUUUCGCCAUGUGGCAUUUUUUUGGUAUGUGGCUAAAUGCAGUUUGGUUUGUGGGAGGGUAUAUGGCAUUUUUUUGGGUAUAUGGCUGUUUUAUAGGCCAUACAAGUCCAUGCCAUUGACGGCUCUGCACGUCCAAAUUGUACUUUCAUUUUAAAUAGAAGAAAAAGGUGUGGUUUUCAGUUUCUCUAAUGUAAAGUGUAUGGUCAAAAAUCACAGCCGCACAUGUUUUUCUGCCAUUUAAAAUGAAAGUAAAAUUUGGACGUGCAUAGCCGUCAAUGGCAGAGCCUUAUUUGGGCGCCAGUUGAAUGUCAAUGCGCACUAAUUUUAAGUGUAUGGUAAAAAAUAACAGCCACACGUUUUUCUGCCAUUUAAAAUCAAAAUAAAAUUUGGACGCGCGUAGACGUCAAUGGCACAGCCUUACUUGGGUGCCAGUUGAACGUCAAUAAGCUCUAAUGUAAAGUGUAUGGUCAAAAAUCACAGCCACACACAUUUUUCUGCCAUUUAAAAUGAAAAUAAAAUUUGGACGUGCAUAACCAUCAAUGGCAGAGCCUUACUUGGGUGCCAGUUGAAUGUCGAUAAGCUCUAAUGUAAAGUGUGUGGUCAAAAAUCACAACCACACGUUUUUCUGCUAUUUAAAAUGAAAGUAAAAUUUGGACAUGCAGAGCCGCCAAUGGCAUGGACUUGUAUGGCCUGCAAAACAGCCAUAUACCCCAAAAAAGUCCAUACAUCCCCCCCCCCCCACAAACCAAAAUGCAUUUUGCCACAAACCCCAAAAAAUGCCACAUGGCGAAAAAAAAAUGCCACAUGGCAAAAUCCAUUUUGCCACAUGGCAAAAAAAAUUGCCACAUGGCAACAAAAAAAAAAUGGCACAUGGCAAAAUCCAUUUUGCCACAUGGCAACAAAAAAAAAUGCCACAUGGCAACAACAACAAAAAUGCCACAUGGCAAAAAAUUUUGCCACAUGGCAAAAAAAAAAAAAAAAUUCCACAUGGAAAAAUUUUUUUGCAACAUGGCAAAAAAAAUGCCACAUGGCAAAACAUUUUUGCCACGUGGCAAAUACCACUUUUGGUUCUCGCUGUCUCUCAAUGUGGGCCUCUAAAUUGAACAUAAAUUGUGAAUUGCAACAGGCAGAAUGAUUGACCCAUCUGCCAUCUAGUGGAAGAGCAUUUAAUUGUUCUGCAUGUCACUAUACAUCCCUUGCAUAAUUAGAUGAUUUGUUGUUAAUUGUUUUUUUUGUACAAAACAAAUUUCUCAGAACACGCCAAUGGUUGGGAAUCAUUGGUGACCUGUAAACUGUAUUGGACAGUCAACGUGACACUACCGCUUAAUAGUUUGCGUGAAUAAAGCAAUUACUGCAGACUUUUGCCAUAUUAUGGCUCCAUUCCUGAUUGUACAUCCGUCUGAGUUGUCGGGUCUAACGCUUCCUUUGUAGGUCCUGCAUUAACUUCUGCGUCACUUUGCUUUUGGGAUUUUGCCUCUUCGGCCACGCCGAAAUCGACACCCUUACUUCGCCGCAGGGAUUUGAACAGCAGGGGCUGCAGAGAACGAGCAGAUUGAUCGCGGGAACUCGGCACGGUUCGCUUGUUGACGUGCUGGACGGCAAGGCGACAGCGCAGCACUUGGAUGAAAACCUGGCGGAACUGGCGGGAAGACACGUUGUACAGGAAGGGGUUAAGGGCCGAGCUGAGGUAAAAGAAGGUGUCGGCCACCGGGUGGAGGGUGACGUAGCUGCGGAAAUACGCCGUGGUCCAGCGGGACUUGGGUGCGCCGGCCAUCAUGAGACGGCGGAUCUGAUUGGGGAACCAACACACGAACAAGGAGCCCACGAUGAGGCCUAAAGUGAAAAGAAAUUUCUUGUAAAUUUGGCAGACUAAAAGUGUUGUUAACAACCCUGCUUAUUGUUGCCUUCAUUUUCAAUUUAUUUAAGAACUCUCUGAUUUCACUAUACUGGGGCUUUAACAUGUUAAUUUUUAAGGUACUACAAGGGUUAGAUCAUGAGCACCUGUUUACAGCCAGUUGU